AUGAGAGCGGCGGUGUUCAUGAGGACAGCGCGCGGCGCCUUGUCGAUUCUCAUGGACGGGUACAAGUUCAUCAGGCACCGUCAGUCGUCAGGCAAGACCCGAUGGUUCUGCGGCACCCACCAGAGCAAGGGUUGCCGCGCGGUGGUCUACACGACCUUAGACAAUGUGGUCGUCAAAGUGCUCAACGAGCAUAACCACCGACGAACGAACACAUCAUACCAA